GCGGGAGCCGCGGGGCAGCUCACGCGGCUCGCGGGCCGACAUGAGGGGCUGUGGCGACGCGGCCCGCGUGCAGCCCGCCGCGCAGCGCCUCCCCAUCUGAGGUUGGAGGCACCUUGAUGACCUGCUGACGUCCGUGCAUCCAUCUAGCCACCUGGUUCUGAGGCAGCAGACUGCAAUGUCCCAGACACAGGACUACGACUGCAGGAGCCAUAAUGCUGAUGCACACGAGUCCAGGGUUUCUGGGUCGAGCACGAGGCUGGAGUGGGUGGAGAUCAUCGAGCCACGUACCCGAGAGCGCAUGUAUGCCAACCUGGUCACAGGCGAGUGUGUGUGGGACCCGCCCACCGGCGUCCGCAUCAAGCGCACCAGCGACAAUCAGUGGUGGGAGCUCUUCGACCCCAACACAUCGCGCUUCUACUACUACAAUGCCACCACCCAGCGCACUGUGUGGCAUCGGCCACAGAACUGUGACAUCAUCCCGCUAGCCAAGCUGCAGACCCUGAAGCAGAACACCGAGUCUCCCCGUGUCUCUGCUGAGAGCAGCCCUGGGCGGGGCAGCGCCAUCAGCCGUGAGGGCAGCCCCAGCACCUCCCUUGAGCCGGAGCCUGACACCAGCGAGAAGGCGCAGGAGCUGCCAGGGCAAACAGGGCGGCCAGUGCCAUUCGGGGCCACUAAGGAGGAACAUGGUGGCAGCUCUUCGCCACCAGGCGUGUUCCUUGAGAAGGACUAUGAGACUUACCGGGACUAUGGCAUGGACGGCCCACUUCUCCACUACAGGGCCUCCUCACUGCAGUGGACCACGGGGACCAAGGAACGCAUGCUUAUCAAGGUCACAGACCGCGAGCCCAGCUUCUUCACCCCCCAGGGCAAUGGCUUCCCCACUGAUGGCCAGCCUGGGGCCCGUACCCAGAGGCCGUCCAGUGGCCAGCACUCCCCAGGCCUGCAGACGUUCACUCCUGACACAGACAGUGCCAUUUUCUUCCCUGAGAGGCGGCUGUCACCCUUCCUGAAGAGGACUGAGCUUACGGGGAGCUGCUCCCCACUUCCAGGACGUGGGGGCGAAGCCUUCUGCACCCCGCUGCAGGCCCAGCCCCGAAAGCCCUCCAGUGACUCCCAGCCCUCCUCCCCGCGCUAUGCCUACGAGCCUCCCCUCUAUGAGGAACCCCCUGUGGAGUACCAGGCCCCCAUCUAUGAUGAGCCCCCUGUGGACAUGCAGUAUGAAGUCAGCGGGGGCUACAAGGCCGGCUCACCGCAAAAGUCACCUGUGCGCAAGCCACGCCCCUUCCUUCAGUCGCCCAAACACGCAUCCCCCUCGCCUUACCAGCAGCUGGUACUCACCAAGCAGAGAGGCCCUGAGCGCUUCCUGAGCCUGGACUACAGCCCUGCGGGCAAGGAGUAUGUACGGCAGCUGGUCUAUGUGGAGCAGGCCGGCUCCAGCCCCAAGCUGCGUGCCGGCCCGCGCCACAAGUACGCGCCCAACCCAGGCGGUGGCUCCUACUCACUGCAGCCCAGCCCUUGCCUGGUGAGGGAUCAGCGCCUGGAGGCUCGGUCGGGAGACUACAGCAGCAUGGAGGGGCCCGACUUCCGGCACGGACCGCCGUCCACACCACUGCCCCCCGCUCAGGAUGACACCAUGUCCUGGUGCAGCCAGCAGGACACCAUGUCCUCCACAGGCUGCUCCCCCGGCCCUCGCAAGAGGAAGAGCAGGAAACCCUCCCUGUGCCAGGAUCCCCACACCUCGUCCACCGACGGCUCAGGGGACCGCAACCCUCUCAGCGAGCCCCUUCUGGCUGAGGAGAGGCCUCCGUGCGGGCCCAGUGUGGCCCCGCUGAAGCGGGCAGAUGGGCGGCUGGGCGAGGCAGAGGGGGCGCGGGGUGCCUGUGAGCCCUUCCUGGCGCAGGCACGGCUGGCCUGGGAGGCGCAGCAGGUGCACCACCACAUGAAGCAGCGGAGUAGCUGGGACUCACAGAAAGACGGCUCGGGCUACGAGAGUGACGGUGCGGUGCCGCUGCCUAUGCCGGGGCCCGUGGUGCGCGCCUUCAGUGAGGAUGAGGCCCUGGCCCAGCAGGAGAGCAAGCACUGGAAGAGAAGCACCUUUGAGAAGCUCGGCUUCCCCCAGAUUCUGCUUGAGAAGAGCAUUUCCGUGCAGACCAACCUGGCCUCCCCAGAGCCUUACCUGCACCCCUCACAGUCCGAAGACCUCGGCAGCUGCGCCCAGUUUGAGAGUGGCCGGCAGGGUCGCAGCAUGGUGCCCAGUGCCAGCUGCGUCUUCCCCGCCUUCACGCUGCGCAAGCCCUCCUCGGAGACGGACAUCGAGAACUGGGCCUCUAAACACUUCAACAAGCACACACAGGGCCUCUUCCGGCGCAAGGUAUCCAUCGCCAACAUGCUGGCCUGGAGCAGUGAGUCCAUCAAGAAGCCCAUGAUCAUGACCAGCGACCGGCAUGUGAAGAAGGAGGCCUGUGAGAUCUUCAAGCUCAUCCAGAUGUACAUGGGUGACCGGCGGGCCAAGGCUGACCCACUGCACGUAGCCCUGGAGGUGGCCACCAAGGGCUGGAGCACUCAGGGCCUGCGGGACGAGCUCUACAUCCAGCUCUGUCGGCAGACCACAGAGAACUUCCGCCUUGAGAGCCUGGCUCGCGGCUGGGAACUCAUGGCCAUUUGCCUGGCCUUCUUCCCGCCCACGCCCAAGUUCCACUCCUACCUGGAAGGCUACAUAUACCGGCACAUGGACCCUGUCAACGACACCAAAGUGACACAGCACAUAAAAGAGCUCCUGGAGAGAAACACUAAGAAGAAGUCCAAAUUGAGAAAGAAACCCAAGCCUUAUGUUGAAGAGCCGGAUGGGGUGGCAAUAAGCACAUAUGCCAAGUACUGCUACCACAAGUUGCAGAAGGCCGCCCUGACUGGGGCCAAGAAGGGGCUGCGGAAGCCCACCGUGGAGGAGAUCCGGCAUGCUAAGAACGCCGUGUUCAGCCCAUCCAUGUUCGGCAGCGCACUGCAGGAGGUCAUGAGCAUGCAGAAGGAGCGCUACCCUGAGCGGCAGCUGCCCUGGGUGCAGACGCGGCUCUCAGAGGAGGUGCUGGCCCUCAAUGGCGACCAGACAGAGGGCAUCUUCAGGGUGCCUGGAGACAUUGAUGAAGUGAACGCCCUAAAGCUCCAGGUGGACCAGUGGAAGGUGCCGACAGGCCUGGAAGACCCCCACGUCCCUGCAUCGUUACUGAAGCUGUGGUACCGGGAGCUGGAGGAGCCGCUGAUCCCACACGAGUUCUACGACCAGUGCAUCGCGCACUACGAGAGCCCGGAGGCCGCGGUGGCCGUGGUGCAUGCGCUGCCGCGCAUCAACCGCAUGGUGCUGUGCUACCUCAUCCGCUUCCUCCAGGUGUUCGUGCAACCCGCCAACGUGGCCAUCACCAAGAUGGACGUGAGCAACCUGGCCAUGGUGAUGGCGCCCAACUGCCUGCGCUGCCAGUCGGAUGACCCUCGCGUCAUCUUCGAGAACACGCGCAAAGAGAUGUCCUUCCUGCGCGUGCUCAUCCAGCACCUGGACACCAGCUUCAUGGAGGGCGUGCUAUAG